AGGCCAGACCUCUGAGCUCCUGCUGGUCCUCCUCCUGGAGCCGGAGGUGGCGGUAGAGCUCCGUGAACGCUGUUUUUGGGCCUGCUCUCCGUCAGAGCCGCUAUCUGGGCGGGGAGAAGCACCUCAGUGUCCAGAUCGGGCUCUCCAGCCGUCGCUCUUGCAGUGCCGUCGAGCAGCAACGAGGGGGAACGUGGGAACGACGAGCUGAGGAGGAGACACCGGACACGCAGGAGGUCCGCGCUGCUCGCCGAGGGUUCAAAACACCCAGAGUGGACCGCGCCGGGGCGAUUUAAACCGCUUGGUUGAUUUCUCACCGAAUCGUGGCUCCAAAGCGGAAUGAAUGACCAAGACAAAGGCUGACCCCGGCUCUCCCACCCACACCGCCUCCUCGCCCAAGGGAAAGAGGAGCACCAUGGAGAACGACGGCGGCCAGCCUCCGGCCGGCGAGAAGAAGAAGCUGCACCGGGCGCCGUCGCCCGCCCGACCGCGAGACGUGCCCGGCUGGUCUUUGGCCAAAAUCCGCGGAGGCAUCGGCGCCCCGGCGCUCAGCGUGAAGCCGGGCUCCAUCCACAUCGGAUCCCGCGUGUCGCGGCGCAGCCCCGGCGGGGUAAGGGAGCCCAAGGGGGAGAAGGGCAAGGCGGCGGGGAGAAGCGGGCAGCCCGCCGCUGCGACGACGAGAGCCAGCGCAAAGCCGAGCCGGAGGAAGACGUCGGACGCCAGCGCCGCAUCCGACGAGCUGAGCAAGGACUCCGGCUGCGCGCCGGGCAAACUCUCGGCCACGGACAGCAGCUCGGAGCUGUCGGACUGCGCCUCCGAGGAGCACCGGAUCAGCGCGGACGCCCUGAGCAGCGACACGGAGACGAGCAGCCGCGGGGGAGCGGCUGGAGAGCGGCGGCCCAAGGGCGUGGAGGCCGGGGAGGGGAGCGUGUCGCCCGGCGAUGAGCGCUCGCUGGCCUCGCUGGAGAGCCGCGUGGCCGCCAGCACCUCGCUCGCCUUCUCCGACCUGACCGAGGAGCUCGCGGACGGAAUACACGAGGAGUAUCUCAGGGAGAUCGAGGAGCUGCGGUCGGAGAACGACUACCUGAAGGAUGAGGUGGAGGAGCUGCGCUCUGAGAUGCUGGAGAUGAGAGACAUGUACAUGGAGGAGGACGUGUACCAGCUGCAGGAGCUCCGGCAGCAGCUGGAUCAGGCCAACAAGACCUGCCGCAUCCUGCAGUACCGGCUCCGCAAGGCGGAGAGACGCAGCCUGCGCGUGGCCCAGACGGGCCAGGUGGACGGGGAGCUCAUCCGCACGCUGGAGCAGGACGUCAAGGUGGCCAAAGAUGUGUCCAUCCGCCUACACAAUGAGCUGGAGGCAGUGGAGAAGAAGAGGAGCCGCCUGGAGCAAGAGAACGAGGAGCUGCAGGUGAAGCUGCAAGACCUGGAGGUGGCCAAGCAGGUUCUACAGGCUGAGCUGGAGAAGAGCAGAGAGAAUUCUCUGAAGAAGCGAGGAGCGCGGCCGAACAACAAGCCCGACAAGAAGACGUCACCUCAGCCUCCAGAGGACAGUUCAGACCUGAAAUGCCAGCUCCACUUUGCCAAGGAAGAGUCAGCACUCAUGUGCAAGAAGCUCACCAAGAUGGUAAAAGACAACGAGGCCAUGAAGGAGGAGCUGGCCAAGUACCGCUCACUCUACGGUGACGUCGAUGCCUCGUUGACCGUGGAGGAGGUGGCCGACUCGCCCCACACCCGUGAGGCCGAGGUAAGAGUCCACCUGAAGCUGGUCGAGGAGGAGGCCAACCUGCUGAGCCGCCGCAUCGUGGAGCUCGAGGUGGAGAACCGUGGCCUCCGGGCUGAAAUGGAUGACAUGAAGAUCCAGGAGACACCUGGAGGUAUGGCGGUAACCGGAGGGGCUGGGCAACUGCUGCUUUCAGCGUCGGCCGAGAACGUGAUGGAGCUGCAGCGACACCUGCAGUUUGUGGAGGAAGAGGCGGACCUUCUAAGGCGCUCGCUGAUUGAGAUGGAGGAACAGAACAAGCUGCUGAUGAACGAGUUAAACCGCUACAAGUCAGAACUUCCUCCUGAUGUUGAGAUCGAGACGUCACCUUCCACCAUCCUCCCUCCUGCCAUCAUUCCUGGAGCGACAGCUUCUGAAGAAGCGCCACUGAACGAGACGUCCACGGAGGAGUUGCUAGCGGCCAGGCUACAGAUCGGAGAGCUGAGCGGCAAAGUGAAGAAGCUCCAGUACGAGAACCGCGUCUUGCUGUCCAACCUUCAGCGCUGUGAUCUGGCCUCCACUCACGGUGCCAGCCGGCCAGCCAUGGAAACAGACGCAGAGGCUGGAGAUUCGGCCGAGUGUGUACCCAGCCCAGAACACCGUGAGGGCCCAGUGGGAGGUGAAGGAAGCCACCUCCUGGAGGAGAAGGUGGAAGGAGCCGAGUAUGCCAUCACCUCUCAGUGCCUCAGCAUUAAGGACCUCCUGGCCAUCCGUGACCAGGCCCAGCUUGUUACCUCAGCCAUCCAGCUCCUCACGUCAGCUGAUUCCAACUGCCUUCUGGCCGCCUCGUCGGACUCAAUCUACCGCAAAAUCGCAGGUGGAGAACCUGCUGAGUCAGGAUUUCUGGAGAAGAACCAGGUUCAGGGCUCCAGUCUGCCACUGGUGGAGGCCCUUCAGACCAGGCUCCAGGGCCUACAGGCCCAGCUGCAGAAGCUCAGUCAGAGGCUUGAGGCUUUGGAGGAAUCCUCUGAGAAGGAGCACGUGGAGGGGGCGUCCCCUAUGCCCUUACUGGUUCAAUCUGCAGACACCGCAGAUACUCAGGUCAACCAGAUCGCAGCUCAGCUUAAGCCCAACAUUAGGGACCAUCCAGAGAUCAAAGGUCAUGAGGUGUACCUGGACAAAGCGGAGGAGGAGAACAGCCAUAAAGACAGCAACAAGGAGCAGGUGGCAGAUUCCAUGGAGGCCAGCCCUGUGCUGGUUCGGGAGCUGCAGGCCCAGCUGUCCUUGGUGAAGGAGAAGGCUGAGAAGGCCCAGGAGGAGCUGGUUCUGGAGAGACAGGCUCGCCGGGACCACACACAGAGCUGCUCCCAGAAACUCACUCAGCUGCAAGAGGAGCACCAGAAGGUGCUUGUACGGCGGGACUUCCAGCUGCAGAGUGUGAGCCUGCAGACGCGGCUGCAGCAGAAGUUCUGGAGCCAGGAGAGGAACCUGCUGGUGCAGGAGUCCCAGCAGCUCAAGCAGAGCCUGCUUCUGGUCAGCCUCAAGCUGCGCUGGCUCCUCAAGCAGUGGAGGCUCGGCAAGAAGCUGGACACAGAGGGCAAGGAUGUUCUGGAGAUUAACAGCGUUAAGGACCUCCGUCUGCUUCUGGAGGAAGAGGGCCUCUCUCCUCACCAUGGAGACAACAAGAUGUCAGCUGCCGAGGAGCAGCCACGGAGCCCUGCAACCAAAGAGCACAGCCUUCCAGAGAAGAUCCACCUUCAGCAGUCCAGCGGCUUCAGUACCACUCUGUCAGACCUGAAAGUGGCUCUGCAGGAUCUGAAUGCCGAACUGAGAGAAGAGCGGCAAAGCUCCCAGGAGCUCACACAGCAGUUUGCCCGAGCCAAAGCCUCCUGGGAAGUGGAGCGGACUGAGCUCAAAAGCCUCAUCACUCAGCUGGAGGGGAAGGCAGCAAAGGCAUCUGUGGUCGGCGCUGAGAAGGAUCCUCCAGACCUGAAGGGGGCUCUGAAGAGGGAGCGUGAGGAGCACCAGCACUUGCUGGCAGACUCGUACGCUGCAGUGAUGGACCUGACCAAACAGCUGCAGAUCAGCGAGCGGAACUGGGCCCGGGAGAAGCUGGAGCUCCUGGAGCGCUUUAACCAGGAGAGGAGCCAGUGGGAACAGAGACUCCGUGACAUCCAGAGCAAGGGCACACAGUCUCUCCAUGACAAAGAGAAGGAAGUAUCCUCAGAUGCCACCACAAAUGGAACAACUUUGCAGAGGACCAAAUCAAUUUCCUCCCUGUCAGAUCUUGAGAGUCUUCUAGACGCCACUCCUUUCCUUCCAGGUCAUGAGGUUAAUGGACUCUCAGAGAGGAAAGCAGGGAAAUACCAGUUUGAUGACCACGCCAGCCUUCUGGCCCACACUGAUCUUAGCGAUCUAAACCAGAAGAACUGGAAGUAUCUGAACAGCGAGUGGGCCUCCCUGGAGAAAGCCGAGCCCUUCAAGACCUGGGACUGCCCCAGCACAAGCUCCAGCACCAGCUUCCCAGAGCUGGAGCUGAGUGUUGAGCAUGUCCAGAGGAGUUACACCGCACCAGACAAAACGGGUAUUAGGAUCUACUACAGUCCUCCAGCCGUGAGGAGGAUGGAAAGGAGGCCUGCCAAGGAGCAGGGUCUGCAUGAGGCCCAGCCAGGGCUUACAUCUCGGGGAGUUGCCAUCUCGGAUCCGACCGUGCUGCCUUCAGCAGUGGCAUCUUCAUGUUCCUCUUCUCCUACAUCGUCUUCAUAUGAACAGUGGCUAAGCUCUCUGUCCCAGCAGCACAGGGACUUGCUGGAGGGCAGGGCAGGUGGCGCCACACCAUUCCAUGGCCUGGAGAUUUCAGGCAACCUAAGUGAUGACAUGAAGGAGAUGACCAACUGUGUGCGGCAGGCCAUCCGUUCAAGCUCCCUGGAGAGGAAGUGCAGCAAGGAUGCUGGAAGCCAAACGGUGGGUGUCACCAGCACAGGAACACAGACAGCCCAGUUUGUCAGCGUGGGGCUGCAGACAGACGGUCCUGCCUCCUCAACCUCCAGAGGCGCCGGGCUUCACGGGAAGGUGUGGUCUCCCAGGCCCUCCUCUUCUCUUGCAUCAGCGAGGUCACGGCAGAUCUCCUCAUCACUGGAAAAGGUUCACAGCCGCAUUGACCGGCCAUGCUGCUCACCGAAGUACGGGUCACCCAAGCUUACUCGAAGGGUCUCCACAUCAUCCUCCAAGCUGGAGACUUCCUCAACGUCAUCUAGGGACCGGAGCGUUUGGAACCUGCCAAACCGGAGCGGGGCACAGAACGGUUCGGCAUGGGCUCGAUCCACCACCACCCGUGACAGCCCCGUGCUCAGCGGCCUGAACGACGGCCUGUCCAGCCUUUUCAGCGUGGUGGAGCACUCUUCCAGUAUGGAGUCUCUAUGGAAGGGUGACACCUGCCCCGGGAGGCAGGCCGCGGGCAAGCCUUCUUGCCCCAGCGUUGGCAUCAGCCUUGGUGACGCUGGAACGCAGAAGUAUGGCAUCGUCCAGGAGUUCUUCCGCAAUGUAUGUGGACGAACAGGACCUACAGGACCUGGCGAGAGGAAUGGAACCAUAGAUGAGCCCAAGCCUGAGUGCCUCUCUGGGGCUCUGAUCGGCACUGACAGCGUCACUAAGAUCGUAAAUAAGAGGUUUAUGAGACAGACGCAGCGGGAUGAUGUAGUGGUCAGCGGGAAGGAGUCUACCACCGUAAACACCAGCGCCAGUAGCCUGGAGGACUCAUCUUGUGACUGCACCUCACAGUCCCUCACAUCCUGCUUCGCUCGCUCCUCCCGCUCCACCGUUCGCCACACCCACAGCCAGUGUAGGCACCGCCUACAGGAGUCUGCCAUAUCCAAUGAGGAGAGAUUGGAUGCCAGUAAUGAAUGACUGGGAAAAGAAUGUGGUUCCCCUUCAAUACUUCACAGCACACACUCACGGACACACUGCCACACAAACUCACUGCCGCACACAAACACACAGACACACACACAGACACACACCCUACUGCAGCCUUUAUGUUCAGAAUCACGCGAGGCACUGUAGAAGUCCUAUCUGGACAGUUCAAGAACCAGAGCUCCACGCAACCAGCGCAUGCGUUAUGCCAAGGAAAAGGGAAGCAGACGGACUUCUCUUUCAACUCCAUUCCAGCAUCAGCAUCACUCAACCAGCGAGACCACCCCUUUUACGGUCAUCCUUCCCUAUCCAACCAGCAGGACAGCUCAACUCUGCCAUCACUGGACCAUGGACAGUCACACCACACGCAAGAUGUCACUGGGGCCUACCACGUUCAGGGGAUGAACCCUCUCAGAGUAAGAGUGGUGUUCUGGGGUCAGUCUUUGCUCUCAGUAUCCUGAUGAAUUUGAUUCUGUGGACAAGUUCAUAUUCAGAUUUAUUUGUACAGUGGUUUUUACAGCGGAUGUCACAAAGUUGCUUUAUAGAAAUCCGGGUCCAAGCAAGCUUAGGCCAGCAAUGUCAGGCAAACCUCUCUAAGAGAACGAGAAACAAAGAGAAACUCAAACGGAGAACCCAUCCUCCUGUGGGCAGCACCUGAUCACAGAAUUAUGAUAAACGAAUGGGAAUUUUGAGAAAUAUGAUUAAAGAAACAGGAGAGAGCCAAUCCUUGAUCCGUUCUCUCACUUCAUUGAAUACACCGGCCUCGAUUAACCCACAGGACGAAGAAAUGAGAACUGAUGAAAAGCCCCUCUGAGGUGACCAGUGAGAUCCACAGUAGUGAUCCACAGUUAACGUCAGUGUUAUCAGCACUGUCCCCUGGAAAAAUAAACAGUGUCUUGAGUCCUGCUGGAUCAAUCAGAACCUCGUUCGGAUUCACAGUUCUGACCACUACAGACUGUCUUCUUUCAGUUUUCCUCCCCGUAAUUUUAAACACCAACUAAUGGCUCAACAGCCGGGGUCUUCUAGCUCAUCAGACUUGGGUUACAACAGCCAGUCUACAAACUGAGCAGCUGUUUGGGACCUCUUGCUAUCUUAGUCCAAUGAUGAACCUCUGCUUUGGACAAACUGCCAAGCCCACUGUUCCAGCACCAAAUCAGAUGUACGGUGAUGUUGCUUUAGGAAAGAUCUGAAACCCUGAAUGUUCCAAUUACUGCUGUAUUACUGCAAAAUGAUGAUGGCGUUUGACUGCUGAUGUCUACUGAGAGCUCAUGGCAUCUGUAGCAUAGGAAGAUCCUGAGAUAGUGUUGGCUGUACUGUAGGUGUGAGACCAUUAGAGCACUGAUGAACUGUGCCUACUCUUAGCUAGGAUUUUCUAGGUGACCUUUGGGGGGGGGGGGUGAAACUGCCUCCAUGUUCCAGAGGAAAGUUGCAGGCGUGUGCAUGCGGCGCUCCUCAUUGUGCACCUGAAUAUGUCACUGUAUGAGGUCUUUUUUUUAGAAAGCCUUUCCUUGCUCAUCCUCCUUCUCUUUAUCCAUCAUGUGUAUGCAGAGCAGACCUUUUACGGAUGUUACUGUCAGAGAGAGAGUGACGGAACGAACCGACUCGCUCUACCAAGCCUCAUUCUGUUCUCCGUUUCAAUGCUGUUUUUACGCCCUCGUCAAAUUUUCCCUGACCAUUUCCCCUCCGAGGAAUGCCGGACAUCUUAAAGGCUGUUCCUUUACGGCGUUAGGUCAAGUUAAGUUUGCGGGAUGACCCCUUGGAGGCACGGAAUCAACAGAAAUGUACAACUCAGCAGCAGAAGCUGAAACCUGAUACAGUUUCCUGUUUAACCCCCAAAAUGCAGACAAAGCUGUUCACAAGCCAAAGAAAUAAAAUACUUAAUAUUUAAAAAGUACAGGGUGAGUCAAAAAUCACAGGACAGGAUUUAUUUAUUUUAUUUUUUUAUUUUAUUAUUGACUUUUAUCUCUAGGGUCA